CUCCUCCGCCUUCUCUCUUUCUUCUUCUUCUUCUUCGCUGAUGAAAGAAGAGGAUCGAGCUUAGCUCUAUAAGAAAAUAGGGGGUUUUGGCAGAGAUUGCAGUCUACCCUCUUUCUCCCGUCUUCCACUCUGCUCUCCUUAUUCUUCUCCAACUAAACCCUUCUUCCUCCCUCCCAGCCGCUGAAAAAACCAUCUUCAGAUAUUUUCUCUCUCCCUGUCCCCUUCCGCCUUUGUUAUUCCCUUUCCCGACUCCUCCUCUCUCUCUCCGCCCAUGUCCUUUUCUCCAUUAACCCAGACCCAGUCUGUCUAAAAAUGCUCCAUCAUUCCUAAUCUCACUUCCUCAUCACUUCCUCGGGAUUUGCGCUCCUUCAGGACAGGUAUCGUCUCGCUCUUCUUCUUCUUCUUCCUCCGUAGCUGGACGAGGAGAAAUGGCGGAAGGAGACGACGAAGCUCGCUCUCGAUCUAAUGAUAGGUAAUAGAACACAUUCUGCAAAUGUGGAGGCUGGGAGUAGCUAUAUUGUUGCUGAUCAGUGAUCAUAACUGACGUUGAUAUUUUCGGGUAACUUGUGAAAUGCUGAUGCCAGAAGAUAUCGAUCUGAAUUCGGUGCAAAGGCACGCAGACCCGCUUAAAGUACUUGUUCAGCAGGCAAUUCUCAGACGGGAGGCUAUGUACAACCCACAGAUCCUUGGAGAAUCCCACCGUCAAUCAAAAGCACGUAGAUCACUCACGGUGGAUGUAGUUAACGAGUGUGAUAGUAGCUACAAUUCAAGGAACGUGAAAGCACGAUCAUGUUUCCUGCCUCUCAAAGAUGCCAUGAGAUAUGAAUUGCUUGCUAAAGAAGCAAGGUUUUCAUCAGUAAUCGAGGUAACUUCCCAGCAUGUCAUGUCUUUGAGCUUGGAGUUGAUAUAUGCCAUGGAAAGUAAUCUAGUACGGUCUACACAUGCACUAAAGCAGGACAUAUUAGAUGAAUCUAGGCAGAAGUCAGUAAACCUCCAACUUUCUGCUGAUGAAUUCAUACAUCAGUCAGGAGAGGACCUUCAAGCAAAAGGAAACAUUUGGAAUCUCUUGAAAGAACCUGCCGAAUUCAAGCAUCGUCCUACCGAUAUAUAUUCUUUUAUGAAUGAGGAGUUGAAGCUUUCUCUUGGUACCAGACGACGCCCUAGACUGUCUGCAUCAAGCACUAGGUUUGAAAAGAAUGGGUAUCUGUACAACAAUCCAAUUGUGAUUGAUUUGGAAGAUUCAGAUGAGAAGACGCAAUAUGAUUAUGCAAGAAGCACUAGAAUGCCUGAUGCACGUGGUAUGGCAACCACUUGCUUUGAUAAAAAUAAGCAUCAGAAUAAUGAUAUGGUGAUAAAUUUGGAAGACUCUGUGCAAGACAAUAAUGUAAGACGCCCUAGAAUGCCUGAUGUAAAUGGUGUGCCAAGCACUUGGUUUGGUAAGAACUGGCGUCCGAACAAUAAAAUUGUUAUUGAUUUAGAAGUUUCACUUGACAAGGCACAAGAUAGCUUUGCGAGAUGCACGCCUUUCAGCUCUGUCUGCCCUCAGUCAGCUUCCAGGGAGGAAUUGAUAGUCUCAAAAAUUGAGGGGAAGAGAGGAAUGUAUUGUGAACGAGAUCCCCAUGACAAAUCUGGCAAUGGUCAUUCCUCUGGGAGCCAAUUGUUUCUGGACCUUAAUGAAGUUUACCACAGUGAUUCUUCUUACUCUGCUGGUGCAUGCACUGGACUGCUUGGUAGUGUGGAAGAAGGAAUCCGUCCGGUUGGGGCAGGCGAAAAACAAGUCAUCUGCAGGUCAAAUGAAACAUCUGGUGGCAUGCUUAGACCAGAUAAUAAUGUAGCAAAGCCUACUCCUUUGGACCUCAACAUAAAAUGUGAGAGCACAGGGUGCAAGCUGGAAAGCAGUUGUGAUGAUGGUAGAAUUGGUAGUUUUAAGUCCCAGGUAGAAUCUUUUGAAGAUGCUGGCAGCAUCGCCGAUGCCAAAACUAACCUUGUUAAGCUGAAGUCAAAUAAUCUGCUACUACAGGAUUUGAACCAUAUGCCUAUUAGGGAGGGAGGAGAAAUGAGUUGUGGUACAAGUGGAGUAGAUGAUCCUGCUUCUUCUUUGUGGACUGAUGAGAGCCAAAAUGCAUUACCUGGCAACAAGUCGCCCAAUUCAUGCAAGUCCUGCAUUUCUGACAAUGAGUCGGGGAGCAUUAAGAGAACAAAUUCCAUAACUGGGUCAAACAUUAACUGUCCUGCAAGGGCAGUGCUGUCUGUUAGCGACGGAGAAAAUGAAGGUCUCCUCAACAAGCAAGAAGAACAACCAGCUAGAGUGGAUGAUGCCAUGAUGAGGAGAGCAGCUGUUUCACUGAUCUGUUUGGCCCUGGAUGACAAUGCAGUUUGUUUUGAAGAUUCUAAGCCGCAGUAUUCUAUUGACUCUUACGAGUUGAUUGCUAUGAAUCUGGCAGAAAAUGUGGAUGAUGAAGAUUCUGCAUCGUCAUCAAAGCCAUUUGAAGUGGACUUUGGUAAGGCGAAGGAUCUCGGCUCUAAGUGGAAAAGAGGGAGGAGAUUGAAGGAUUUUCAGAAGGAAAUACUACCUGGGAUCGCAACUCUUUCUAGGCUCGAAAUCCGCGAGGAUAUAAACAUCUUGGAAGGGGUUCUAAGAUCGAGGGAGUACAAGAGAAUGCAGCAGGCCAAGGGUGGAGGUGCUCAGCACGAGGAGAACUGGUCGGGUUUGGCUAGGGGCAAACGGUCUAGAAGGAACUGUACUGGAAGGAGGAAAUCCUCAUGAAAGAAGUCUGGGGGACAUAUAUUCUUUGAUCUCUCCUAAUGACUACUGCUAUAGAUAUCAGAAUUUAGGGUAGGUCUUGAUAUCUUCACUAGGUUUUGAUAUUGCGUUGGUACGGUACCCUCUGCAACAGUUGCCGUUAAGGCUUAAACUGCAUAGUCUAACUCAGGUUGUUCUCUACAAGCAUCAAGGAUAUACAUAACGAUGGUCGUAUUGGCUUGGAAUGAUUCCUUGUAAUCGAUAUAAAUGGUUAGAUGCUUUGUUUGAUAUCAUCAUAAUACUGAGUUUGGUGACAUGUUGAAUUUUGGUAUGAUGUAAAGCAGUGUUGUCUGAGUUCCCUUGGAAAAAAGAUGAAGAAAAAGGAAAGAAAGACUAGUGGUGGAGAGAAUGUUGUCUAAACACAAGGAAAUGAUAGAGUAGAGUUGGCCCAUGUUGAUGGGGGCGGCUUGUUUCUUUCCCAAGUUACCUUUGUCUGUGCUUGUUUGUUUCUGUCUUGGUUUUAGUGUGAAAAAAGUAUAUAUUACAUGUCGGAUCUCAAAUUACUAAAAUGAAUUUAUGUAUGCUAUGCUAUAUUAUUUGUAAUUUUGUAUUCACCAAAAAUGAG